GGUGAGAAAGCGUUUCCGAUACCACAGCUUAAUAAUUAUCUCAUGUCUCGGAUGGACGUCUCAGAGCUUGCACGCCUCGCGGCCCCGGCCUCGAUGGCCGAUGUUGUUGCCCUCGCCGCAGUGGGACUGGGUUUGGCAACUCACUUGCUCAGAGGCAUUGCUUGGGACAAACCCGACCCGUACCAUGGAGUCUGGUUCGAGCGGCCGCAGCUGCGAGAUGCCGGGGCUGCUCCCCGUCAAAAAGCAACGCGGAACAUCGCGCAAAGGCUCGCUGAAUUUAACAAGGACAUCGUCAUCUUCUGGGGCUCGCAGUCCGGCACGGCAGAGGCGUUCGCCAACAGGUUGGCUCGCGAGUGCCACUUACGCUUCGGCCAGGCCGUCCUGACGGCCGACCUGUCUGAUUACGACGUCGACACGAUUACGCUUAUCCCGGAGUCGAAGCUGGCCAUAUUUAUGCUUUCAACCUUUGGGGAGGGCGACCCGAGCGACAACGCUACUGCCCUGUGGGAAUGGCUGCGGAACGAUGCCUCGGAAGUGCGCCUGCAGAACCUGCGAUACGUCGCGUUUGGCCUCGGCAAUAGCAACUACAAGCACUACAACCGAGUCGUGGACGUUGUUGUUGAGGCACUCGAUAACGCUGGGGCCCGUCGGCUGAUGCCCAUAGGCAGGGCGGAUGACGCGAAUGGCGGCACAGAGGAGGCUUUCAUUGCCUGGAAAGACGAGCUCCAUUCCUUCCUCGUGGAGAAGCUCGGAUUCCAACAGCGUCGCGUCCCAUACGAGCCGAGUUUUGCAGUUGUCGAGGACACCUCGCUUUCGCCAAUUGAUCUACACCAUGGCGAACCCGUCAGUCGGCGAAGUGGGAUCGCCAAGGCUAGAAACGCAUAUUCGCCUGUUAAAUCCUUGGCCAUACAGGAGGUUCGCCACAUUGGUGAUUCCUCCGAGGCUAGCUGCCUUCACAUAGAGCUGGACCUGGUUGAACACCCAGAGCUGCGCUACCAGACCGGCGAUCACCUUGCCAUCUAUCCAAUCAACCCGGACGAGGAAAUGCAGCUCAUCAUGGAAGCCGUCGGAAUCAGAGCGCGAGCAGAUACGCCGCUGCUGAUCACUCCCUUGGAGGAGGCAACAAAGGCCACAAUCCCCAGUCCGACAACCGCUUUGGCUCUCUUCCGGCAUUACCUCGAGAUCUGCGCCCCUGUGUCUCGGGAUACCAUCCGUGAGUUGGCGAACUUCGCGCCCUCCCAAAAGGCCAAGGACUUCCUGAAGUCGCUUGGGGAGGACAAGGAAGCGUAUGCAUCCUACACUGCCAAAACCCACGUCACCAUCGGCCGCCUGCUUUCGCUCGCGGCUCCCAACAUAGUCUGGAAGGACCUACCACUCUCCUACCUCGUCGAAACCAUCCCGCCCCUCCAGCCACGCUACUACUCCGUGUCAUCCUCGAGUUCCGCCACCCCGCGCCGAGCCUCCCUCACCGUCGCCGUAGACAAGACCCAGCUACCCGGCGACCCGUCCAAGGAAAUCCCCGGUCUGACGACUCACUACCUCCUCGCCCUCGCCGAUUCCAUCAACGGCACCACCACCACAAGACAAUCCCUGCCCUCCGCCGACAGCCAUCGAGUCUUCGCCCACAUCCGCAGAUCACCCUUCAAGCUCCCAUCGCUAGCCAGCAAACCCGUCAUCAUGAUAGCCGCGGGCACGGGCAUCGCGCCCUUCCGCGCCUUCGUGCAGGAGCGAGCACGCCUCCGGGCAGUUUCGGGCAAGCCCGUCGGCCGCAUGGUGCUGUUCUUCGGGUGUCGCCGCCCCGACGACGGAUACCUAUACCGCGAGGAGCUGGCGCGCGCGGCGGAGGAUGGGAUGUUGGAGGUUGUCGUGGCGUUUUCGCGGUCGGGGAGGGGGAUGUAUGUGCAGGACUGCGUGGCGGAGAAGGGGGAGGAGAGUUGGAGCCAGUUUGCUAAGAAGCGGAAUCAGUGGCUAGAGGAUGUCUGGGGAUAG